AAUAAAAAAUAAUUAGUUCAGAAGAUUUUUAUUACUAUAGCGCUCUGAGAGAUAAAAUUUUAGGUGACCGGGAAAAUUCCUUUUUUAGGUAAAAGAAUUCAAAAAUGCAGCCACACAAUUCCAAGCUGUCAAGUUAAAACAUUGACAAGUUCAAGAAAAAUUCUACUAAUUGUUCAGAAGCAGAAAAAAUAUUAAAUCGUGACUUGAAACAUGGACAAAGAACGAAGGCUUAGUUCAAGUUCAAGUUCGAGCUUAACUUCGAGCACAAGUUCUAUAUUAAGUUCGAGUUUAAGUUCGGAUUCUAGUUCGAGUUCUGAUGAAGAAUUAAAGGCCAUUGGCGAAGCCCUUAAAAAAGAAGUGGAGACCAUUGUCAUUUCGGACUCCGAAGAAUCCGAAGAAUCCGAUGAAUCCGAUGAUUCCGAUGAUUCCGAUGACUCCGAUGAUUCCGAUGAUUGCGAUGUUGAUGCAUCUAAGAAGUCUAUGAAUACUCAGGCAAAAGAGGAUAUAAAGAAAGCCGACCAACCCAAUGAAGAAUCUAAAAAGACGAAGAUGACAAACUGGUAUUUGAAGGAAUUCCAGGAGGAAAUGGGUCUUGAAAUUGGAAAUUCAGCAGAUGACCAAGGAGAAUCUGAUGAUAGUAAAAGUGAAAAAUCCUCCAUUCCGGAUUCGGAAAAAAUCAGUGAUUGGGAUGAAUCUGACUCUGAAGGAGGACUUAAGAACCUAAAGGAUAUCGACAAGAUUUCAUUUGAGAAAAGUUUUCUUAGCUCUGAAGAAUCCAAGGAAAAGGCUGAAGAAUGCACCUCGAUGCCAGUUUGUAGUGGUCCUUUGCCAUCGAUGCCACUUUUUAAUGAAGAAACAUGCCAAUUUGAAGAAGCGCCGCCUGUUAAGCCUCCGGAAAUAAUUGAACCAAAAAUUGAUAUAGAAAAACCAGAUGAAUUACCGGAUAAGAAUAAAUCGGAUAUCAGGAAACCAAAAUUGGAUCCAAUGAAGGAGGAAGAAAAUCUUUUUGAAAGUGAUACCAGCUCGAAUUUCAGCUUCAGCAGUGGACGUAACUUAUCUGAAAGCGAUGAUGACAGCGAAGAUAGUGCCACCGAUUUAGAUGACCAAGGUGAAAAGAAGAAAACAACUUACUGGGAGCAGAUGUCCCGACUUCCUGUUGACAAAGGUGAAAUUCCAGAAGAAGAGUAUUUGGCUAUUUUGAAGGAGGAGGAAAGCAAAAGGAAAACCGAAGAGGGUGAAGAUUCACCGGAUCACCGAAGUGAUUCCGAGCUGGAAGAAGCAGCCAAGGAUCAAACUAAGCCCCAUGAUGGUUCCGAUUUCUACAAGGAUAAUUCUCUGUUUCCGGACAAGGAAAACUUUGUUUUGGUCAUCAAAGAGGAUUCGGUGUUCGUGGAAUACGAACAAGCUGUCAAGCAACUCAUUAAGCUCGUUCAAUCGGCGCCAAGUCACAACAAAUAUGAGAUAUAUCUACUGAUAUAUCCCCUGAUGGCCCUGACUUAUCUGCAGAUGAUUGCUAAUGACAAGAUGCAGAGAGCCAGAUUGUUCAUCGUUCGCUAUCAAGACCAAUUGGACGAUUCCUAUAUAUCGAGAAUUAUGAAACUCAGGGAUAUUUGCAAGCCAGAAGAUGUUCCGAAUAAGGCUAGAAAACUGCUGGCUGGUCAUGAAAAGCUGGAGAUGCAGAUGUCGGAGGGAUCCUAUCGCCAGCUGCUCUUUUAUUCCGAGGAAUGGCCGAGGGGUCAGCAGGAGAAGUUGCUUACUCACUUUCAAAUUAAAACCUAUUGUGAGGAAGAGGAACCCAAGCAGCGUAUUGCGAUUGGAGAGCCUCUUUUGGAACCGAUUUCUUGGGCUGCCCCGGAACCCUUGCACAAAAAGAACUUUACUGCUCAUCAAAUAAUUCAAAAGCGUCGUAGGAGGAAGAACGAAACGCCGGCCCACAAGAAUCUUAAUUUGCCCUCAGCGGGCAAGGUUUACAAUCCGCAUCCGAAGAGAAUGGACCUACUUCACCGGAAGAACGAUGAGCAGCACCGCGUGAAAUUGGACCGGGAGAACCUGCCUUCAGCCUAUUUGUAUACUGCUCCGUCUUCCGAUGAGGUUGUGCUCUGUGCUUCCUUUUCGGAAAGUAUCAGCAUGCUGGCCUUGGGAACUCUAUCCUCAACCAUAUAUAUCUUCUCCCUGAAACCCUCGAAGUUGGUUCAACUGAUGUCAGCCGAUUGGCUGAAGGUUUUGGACACCGAAAUGGCUGGGAUUGAUAAGGGAAUGCUGGAUCCCAACAAGAAGUUCUCGAGGAGGACUCUCCGUGGACAUCAGGGAUCUGUUUAUGGUUGCUCCUUUAAUCCAGACGAACGCUUUUUACUCAGUUGCUCGGAGGACUUCCACGUUCGCUUGUGGUGCCUUUUAUCCUGGAGUUGUGUGGUUAUUUAUGCUGGGCACUUGGCGCCCGUUUGCUAUGUUGUUUUCGCCCCAAUGGGUUUUUAUUUCGCCACCGCUUCGGAUGAUUGCACGGCCAGAGUUUGGGUGCAGGACAACAAGAAACCCGCUCGGAUUCUACAAGGACAUCUGGCUGAACUUGCGGUUUGCGUAUUCCACCCGAAUCGUCACUAUUUGGCCACUGGAUCUGCAGAUACUACAGUGAGGCUUUGGGAUGUUGUCAAGAGUAUCCAAGUGCGUAUUUUCAACGGCCAUAAAGCUAGGAUUACCGCCUUGACCUUCUCCAUUUGUGGUCGUUAUCUGGUUUCCGGUGGGGAUGACAACCUCAUCAUGAUUUGGGACACUCCCAACCAGGUUUUAAUACGCUUUUUCGACCAUCACAAGUCAACUAUCAACACCAUGGAGAUCGCUUUGGAUAAUAACUUAUUGGUUGUGGGUGGUCAGGAUUGUCUACUGAGCAUUUGGGACUUUGAACGGGUGAUAAAGGACUAUCUGAAUAAGACCAAGAAUUCAAAAAGCAAAAAUCAGGCAGAAACGAAGGAAGCUAGCGUAAACGAUUUGUUCAUCAGCUCUUUUCCCACGAAUGGAGCUCCCUUUUAUAUGAUCCACUUCACCCGUCGCAAUCUUUUACUGGCCUUCUGUGUGACUCCUCAGGAACCCAAUAAUAAUAUCCUUGUUGAUAAGUCCAAACAGUUGAAGGAGGAGAAAAAAGAGGAACUCGGCGAAUGGAUGGAUUUCUUGGACACCAUCAAGUUGAAGGCUUGCUGUGAUCUUAAGGAUGAGUUGCUGUUGGAUACUUCCAAGGCGGAGGAGGAAAAUGAUCCCGAAUAAAUUGCUGUAAAAAGUUCUUAAAAGGCUUGUUUCAUUAUAUCCAAAAUGAGUCAACAAAUAAUUUAAAAAAUGCCUUUUAAAAACAUUAAGCCAUAAUUUCUAAUUUGUUUUCUUUAAUGUUAUUCCUCUUUUUAAAAUGAAAUCUCUUAUUAAAGGAAAUAUUUUCUCCGUGUAGGGUUGAUCCAAGUUAUUUAUGGAACAAUAUUGGGGAUAAACAUUCCCAUGACAAAUAUACAAGAUUUUUGUAAACAGAGACAAACCCCCAGAGCGCAGGAGAAUGGUUCAGUAACAACAAUUUGACAGUUUCUGGAAAAAAAAAACUGGUCAGGGCACGUGUACAGCUGCCCACGCCUCACUCCGCCACAAAAGUGUCCACUCCUCCUGCAGGAGUUUAUUCCUUGGUCCUCACAUUUACAAAAGGCGUGCAAAAUUUAUAGAGGCACGCAUUAAAAAAUCCGCCAGGCCCGCUCGACUAACUGCGUCCAACGCCCACGGCGCUGGCAGGAGUUUUUCGAAUUGGUCCCGGCCGACCGCAGUCCAAAGUCCUGAGUCCUUCGUUCUUCGUCCUUCGUCCUGUCC